AUGUCUACCACUGUCUAUCUCGCUGCCAUCUACGCCGUACUACCGCCUACUAUCGCCUACUAUCACCUACUAGUCAUCGCCUACUGUCUGUCUAUCUAUCUACCUGCUCCAUCUCUUCUGUCUUCUCCGUCUUCUCGCUGUCUCAAAACUCCGACUUCAGCUCCCCAAAGACGACGACGAAGCCGAAGACGAAGCAGCAGCAGCAGAAGGCGAAGAAGGCGAAGAAGCAGCAAGAGAGACGCCGUGAUGGACGCCGACGCCGACGCUGCGGCCUCAGCAGGCCCGCGACCGCGCAAGAAGAGGGCGACGGCUGCCCGCAAGUCGCUCACCUGCGAGCACUGCAACCGGCCCUUCGCCCGCCUCGAGCAUCUCCAACGGCAUCUCCGCACCCAUACCAAGGAGAAACCGUUUACCUGUGAGAUAUGCCUCAAGUCGUUUGCUCGCAGUGACCUGCUUGUUCGCCAUGAGCGGCUUGUGCACCCGGCUGAGGCGGCCGCCAGGGCUGACAGGCGAGCGGCCGGAGCUGCAGCCUCUGCCGUCUCCAUCUCUGUGACGGCCACGGCUGCUGCGACUGCUGUUCCCACCGCGACAGCGACAGUCGCAGUACCGGCCUUAGCACCGGGGCCAGGGACGGGACCGGGGACAGUAACAGGGACAGUAACUGGACCAGGAACGGCGGACCACCUGAACCCGACCUGGGGAUACGACUUGAACCUGCUCUCCCAUGCAGCCAGCCAUGUAGCUCUCGAGGGCCAGGGCCAGGGGCAGGCUCAGGGGCAGCCGCAGCUUCAGGUUCACUCACAGGGACAGCUCCAAGUCCACCAGCAGCAGCAGCAGCAACAGCAGCAGGACAGAAAGCCGGUUCCAGUCUACGAGCGGCCCAUCUCAGAGAACUACGGGGUCGAGCCGUCGAUACUCGACCUUGCUGAUCUUGGUGACCCCGUACAGGACUUCACCACCUUUCUGGAGAGUGUUGGUCUCUCCUCGGACUGGGACUCGGGUCUGUUCAAUUCCGUCGAGCCUGAGCCGCUGUUGGCGACCCCUAUACCCGCCCUGGAUGCCUCUACCAAGCAGCAGCCGUUUUGUGCAGCUCCCAGGUUCACUCAGGAGCUAGACUCCCGGAGCAUCGCUCAGCCUGCUCAAGCAGCAACUCCAACUGCUCCACUUGCUCCAACUACAGCUGCGGCGGCAGCAGACGAAGCACCCUCGUUUUCAAAUUUUGGCUCUCGAUUGCCCUCUCUCCAGCCAGAAGCCCAAGACUCUGAUGCAGGUGCCUCGGAGCAAAACUCCCAGCCCAGGCCGGCGUGGGAUAUUUCUACCCAGGAACACCAGCUCUUCACUGCCAGACUAGAAGACUUUACCCACGUUUUCCCCAAGAACUUCGCGCGGCCUUCUAGACAUGCCCUCUCCCGCUACAUGGCUGGCUACAUUAGCGGUCUCAACGAGCACUUGCCUUUCAUCCAUGUUCCAACUCUCUCCGUGGCCAGGUGUCCGCCAGAGUUGACUCUGGCCCUCGCCGCCGCAGGCUCUCACUACCGGUUCGAAAACAGCAGGGGAAUCGAGCUCUUUCACGUUGCAAAGGCAAUUUUACUAGAGCGUCUUCGGCGUCUAGAUUCCAGGCGUACCGCUCUCCCACCUAACCCUUGUACUCCUUCCUCUUUCCAAGAUGCUCUUGCAAAUCUCUAUACAAAGCCCGCUGCCGCUACUACUACUGCUACACCUCCUUCCCACCCGGUGUCCCCACUAGGUAACUAUGUCCUCAUCCACGCUAUUAUCCAACAAAUCUUCUUUGCCCGCCAGCUCUGCCUCUCUGCCCCUUCUAUGGCCGGCACUAGCCUACGACCCGACGACCUCGCCGUCAUGGGCAACUCGCUUAGUGCCUGGAAACGCGGCUGGCGUCAAACACCGGAGUCAAGUAUCGAUCCACAAAACCCCGCGGGACCCAUAGCAUUCACGUCCACCGCCCUGCUUGGCCUUGCAUAUAUACGCCUGCACCUCGACCUCGGUCCAUGCCGCCGCCUCGUCUCCCAGGAUCCUGUCCAGAUCGCCCAAGCACUCAAUGACUCUCCACCUCUAACCCGCAGUUCCCGCCUGAUCAUGGCCCUCUUACACUCCGCUCAUGCCCUUUCCAUCCCCGUCCGUCUAGGCAUCGACUUCGUAGCCCGCACCCACUCGUUCUUCUGGUCAAUACAGCAUUCAAUAUGCUCUCUUGAAUGUGCAUUCUUGCUCUCGCGCUGGCUACUCUGUAUACCCGCCACCCAACAUGACCAGGGUCUAUCAGACCAUGAACGAAAGUUGCUUCUAUGGGUCAAGGGCAUGAUAGAUGAAACAGACAUGUCUUCCUCUGUUACUGCAGCUACAGAGGCAGAGCUUAUUACUGAUCCGGCACUGAUGAGACGCCUUAGCGUCGCUGUUGUGCGUGUCUGGUCUAGGACGUUCAAGGGGAAUACGAGCUGGCCUAUCGUAGACCUCAUUGGCGCCAGCCUGGAAAUAUACGCGGAUCUACUCGAUAUAUAA